CGAGCUUUGGCGCAUGUAGGAUACCAGGUCAGGUAGCAGUAACGGGUGCUGAACAGACAUCAAAUAUGAAAGGAGACCCAUUCUCGGAUGGUCACUUUGUCAUGAUGUUAGGUUUUACCAGAAGAUGUUCGCUCUCCUGUCUGUCUGAAGUCAUUGAAAAACGAAAACCUGCAGCAAAUUCAAGAAUCAAAGAAAACUCCGUAGAGAUACCAGCAGAGUACAGCUACAAUCACGGAUACCAUGGCGCCUACUCACGACAUAACAACUUACACCAAGCGACUGAUGCCGCACAUCAUCGACGAACGAGCAAAAGCAGGCUACAGUCGACCAUUCGCCUUGUACCCCAAGUCCAUAGACCCUUCUGAGGGCUUCCACUCAAUCAGCUAUGCACGCAUUGCAAACGCUGUGAAUCGAGCUGCCUGGUGGCUCGACUCUGGGUUGACCAGCCAGGAAGAGAAGGAGAACCCGUUCGCAUAUUUCGGAGCGAACGACUUGAGAUAUGUGAUUUUUCUCAUGGCCAUGAUGAAGACUGGCAGGAAGAUGCUAUUUGCCUCCACCAGAAACCUUGUCAGAGCACAGCUUUCGCUGUUUUCCAAGAUCAAUUGCAGAGCAAUCGUCUUUUGCUCGUCGCUCAAUCAGAGCUUUCAGCCCCUGAUUGCAGCAUCCGAACUUCGCCAUAUUCAAGCUCCUAAGCUUGAAGACCUCCUUGCCGAAGACCCAGUACCACAUUACACAUAUGACGCGACUUGGGAGAGCUUGUCGAAUGAGAAGUUCUUCACCGUACAUACUUCUGGGUCGUCAGGGGAUCCCAAACCUAUCAGCGCCGGGAAGCAUUAUAUUGGAGCUGUUGACUCAAUGCAUUGCCUUCCGGAUGGCCAAGGACAGGUAUUGCAGGCGAACUUUCGGUUCGAGAACCUACUUAUUCUACUCCCAUGUUUUCAUCUUGGCGGACUUGUAUUACAAAUGCUAGCCCCUUUGAUUGAGAUGACCAUGGUUCUUGGCCACCCAGACGUCCCCAUGUCCUCCGCAUAUGUUGCAGAACUCUUGAAGACCGACCAUGUAACAGCGCUAGCAUCACCGCCAUCAAUCCUCGAGGAUCUCUCGAAAGAGUCGUCUUCACUGCAAUCACUUUCGAAACUAAAGCACAUCGCUUAUGGGGGUGGACCUUUACACCCUAACACUGGAAAUCUCUUGGCCAAGUCUGUACCGCAUAUCUUCAGUUUCAUAGGUGCAACCGAAAUAGGUUGGUUCCAUUGUGUAAAUGGAAGCAACGACCUUUGGGACUCGCUGCAUUAUUUCGACAACAUAGGCUACACUUUCGACGAGGUAUCCAAAGAUAUUUAUGAGCCUGUUCUCGUGAACGAUGAGAAGACCAAAAUGUAUCAUGGCGUGUUCGAAGUAUUCCCAGAAUUGCGAGAAUAUAGAACCAAAGAUUUGUACUCGCGGCAUCCCACAGCGUCUGGAUGGAUGCGGUACAGAGGGAGAUCCGAUGACCUGAUCGUACUCUCAAACGGAGAGAAAAUCAACCCAAUCCCAAUGGAGAACAUAGUCAAUUCUCAUCCAGCAGUCAAAGCUGCUCUGGUCGUUGGAGAGUAUCAGUUCAGUGCAUCUCUCUUAGUAGAGUUGAAGGACGUGAAUAAACCGAGGAAUGAGCACGAAUUACGCGAACGUCUGGAUGACAUCUGGCCGUAUGUGGAGGAUGCGAACAAGAUCGCCCCAGGGUUUGCGAAGAUCCCAAAGUCAUUGGUGGUAUUUACAACGCCGGAGAAGCCAUUUCUCAGAGCUGGAAAGGGUACUGUACAGCGCCAGCUGACCGUAAAAGCAUACACACAAGAACUGGAUCGUUUGUAUGCGUCACAAGAAGGAAGCUUGUUGACGGAGGGUUUGACGCUGACUAAGGGGGGCGGACCAAACGACAUCAGAAUCUUCGUUCGAGAAAUCUACAAACAGGCCAUGGAAGAUGACAGCUUGAGCGAUUCCGAGGACGUCUUUCAAAAGGGAUUGGACUCUUUAGGUGUAUCUGUCAUCGUGAGGCGUUUGAAAGCUGCACUGGAAGCUUGCUCAAUUCCUCUUAACAUCGAAGACAUCAAUCCUCGUUUCGUCUACAGUGCUGCAAAUGUCAGCAAAUUGACAAGCGCACUACUGACUCUCAGAAACACCGCCCAAGGAGUUCCUUACACAAACGGAAUAGCAGCUUCUGAGAAAGAGAGCAUGGCAUCAAUACUGGAGAAAUAUUCCGGAAAUAUACCAACAUCAAAGUCAGAGCACAGAUUAGAUCUAGUAGAGACUCCGUGGACCGUUCUGGUGACAGGCAGCACAGGCUCGCUGGGAUCCUACAUUUUGGCUGCUUUAGACAGGCUUCCUAAGUCGAGGAUUGGCAAAAUCGUAUGCCUGAAUAGGUCGGCAGAUGCCAAAGAACGACAACGAAAGUCAAGCUUGUCUCGAGGGAUCAACGCAUCAUGGCACGAUUCCGAUUACCCAAGAGUUCAGUUCCUACAAGCGGACUUCUGCAAAGUGGACUUAGGUCUAGAUCCAGAUGUGUACGCAAAACUUCUACAAGAGGCUACAGUGAUUAUUCACAGUGCAUGGAAGGUUGACUUCAACCUUCCAAUCGAGUUCUUUGAGUCUCAAGUUCAUGGCGUGCGGAACCUGCUAGACUUCAGCUUAAAGUCAACAAAGCAAGCACCGCUGAUGUUCACCUCAAGUAUAUCGGCCGCGUUUGGAUGGAUGGACACCUAUCCGUUGGCAAAAGUCCCGGAAGCCAUUAUUUCAAGUUUCAAAGCCCCCGAGAAGAUCGGAUAUGCUGAAUCGAAGUUCAUGUGUGAGCAACUCCUUGACAGGUUUACCACAGCCUCAGGGGUUACCACGGCAGUCCUCCGAACUGGUCAAAUUGCUGGCCCCAUCACCAAAAAUGGGAUGUGGAACAAACAAGAAUGGUUGCCAUCCAUCAUUGCCAGCUCCAAACACCUCGGGAUACUGCCUGAGACCUUAGGAAGCAUGGAUACGGUUGACUGGGUCCCGGUGGACUUACUUUCAACAAUCAUCCUUGAGCUUGCGGAAAGGAUUGUCCAUCACAAGAGCACGAAGGAUCAAGGCACACUCGUUUACAACCUCGUAAACCCUCAGACCACAACAUGGUCAAGCCUCUUGCCCACUGUCCAAGAAUCCAUCGGCGUGCAAAAGGUCGUUUCAUUCAGCGAUUGGGUGCAAGCAUUACAGCAGAGCAGCACCGCAAACAACGGCGCCUUCGUGGCGUCCAACCCCGGUGUGAAGCUGCUCGAUUUCUAUCACGAAAUUGGCGAGAAGGAGUCGGCAGUGGAGGGUUCCAGAUACGCCGUCGAUAACCUGAUAUGUGAUAGCAAGCAAGCUUCUGAUUUGACAGCGGUAUCUCCAGAAUGGAUGAGACUCUGGUUGAGACAGUGGAGUUUCUGAUCAGGCAGCGGGAAGAAACAAGCUCGUAUUCCCACUAGGCAUGAUGAAGAGGUGGUAGGCUUAGCGGGCGGGCGGCUGUAGAUUUGAAAGGUUAACCCUGAUUUGUAUUGCUUCGAAACAUGUUCAGACUCGUAUUCAAAGAAAGUCAAGUAUGGUGUUUGAUGAUGUAGCA